AUGUGCUCAGUCUGCACCUCUUCACGCUUACUGUAGACCGUGUAAAGUCUGCUGCUUUUAAUACAGUCUAAACUUGGAUUGCCUGCAUUGAAGUCCUCACAAUGUGCAAGUUUUGCAGCAUCAAAUGCUGGUUCAUUUUCUUCAACACACUCUUUUUGGCAUCUGGGGUUGCCCUCAUCAGUAUCGGAGCACUGCAAUACUCGACCUACUCACAGAUGGGCACUUUUGCAGGGAGCAGCCUGUCUAAAAUCGCUAUAGUCCUCAUUGCGGUGGGUGUCACCAUAGCCCUGAUCUCCCUCUUGGGCCAUGUUGGGGCAUUCAUUAAUAAUUCUUCUAUGGUGGCUUGUUUUAUAUGUAUCCUGAUCGUGAUCAUCAUUUUGGAGAUCCUCACAGGGGCUGCCUUUUACAUAUUCCGCAGCAGGACUGCCCUCCUACAGAUGAACAGUGCUAUUAAUGCCAAAGCGCGAGGGGUGAUCUAUGACUACAGCCUGGAGAACAGACACUCCAUCAACAGAAUUCAAGAAAAGUUCGGCUGCUGUGGUGCAGACAGCUACACUGACUGGUCCAGGAGCGUGGGCUGGGAAAAUCACAAGGCCGUGCCAGAUUCGUGCUGCGUGGUGAAGACUGAGGGUUGUGGACAGGACACAUCGAAAGUACACACAAAGGGUUGUAUCUGGGCUAUCAAGCUCUUUCUGUUGAAAAACCUGGUGUGGGUCGGUGCUGUCUGCAUUGCUCUUGGAGUCACAGAGGUGUUCGGGGUGUUAGUUGGGGUGUGCUUGUGUUUGAAAAUAAAACACAAAAGCUAUGAAACCCUCAGCUGAUUCGUCAUCUUGGACCAAGAGCAGCCAGCUUCCCACAUCACAGAUUUUUGUUUUGCUCAAAUUUGAUCUAUUUUAUUUGCUUUUUCCAGUUAAGUCUUUCCAAACUGUGAUCUAUUAUUUUAUAAUUGUGACAUAAAACAUUAGAUACGUA